GAAGGCCACCGUUGACAUCCCUAGACUCUGAGAGAGAGAGAGAGAGGAGGGAAUGGAGGGAAUCGUGGUAGUAGAGAAAGUGGGAGGGAAAUCAAAGGCGACUCGAUGCUUUUCCAAAUACCCUCUCAAAUUCAUCGUCCCUUCUAAGGUGGCCUCCUCCAAAACAGAUGCCGUUUGGAUUUACAGCAUCUCCUACGGUGGAGGCAUUGUUUCGGGAGAUUGCAUUAGUUGCAAGGUAAGUGUGGGAGAGAGCUGCACUGCAGUCUUGACCACUCAGGCUUCCACAAAGGUCUACAAAUCAGUGGGAUCAAAGUGCUCGGAACAAUUCCUAGAGGCUACAGUUGGAUCGCAUGCUCUUUUGGUGAUAAUUCCAGACCCAGUGACGUGUUUUUCCACCGCAAGGUACUCUCAGAAGCAAAUCUUCAGAGUCGCUUCUGAUUCAAGUUUGGUCAUUGUAGAUUGGCUUACCAGUGGGCGUCAUGAAAGUGGAGAAAAAUGGGAUUUUGAACUCUACAAGAGUACUAACAACAUCUUCUUGGAUGGCAAUGAGCCUCUCUUUCUUGAUUCGGUACUACUAGAGCAAGGAUCUAGCACCAGUAUUGCCGACCGCAUGCAGGACUACCAAGUCAUUGCCAUGGUCAUACUCGUGGGGCCGAAGUUAAAGCAUGUCCAAAACCAAGUACAAGAAGACGUGAAGAAAAUGAUGACCAAGCGAUUUUAUGCACCUGCCUCACCAUGCGGAACGAAAAUUGAGUCUGAGUAUGGCCUACCCAAACCAGCUCUAAUAGCUUCUUGCAGCGUGUUUGGUCCUAAGGAUCUGGGUGUGGUUGUUCGGAUAUCUGCAGUUACAACUGAAUCCGUAUAUGAGUUUUUACGGCAUCAUUUGGCUAGCAUGGAGUCGCUUCUUGGGGCGUCUCCAUAUUGCCGAACAUGAGUAGGGAACCAUGUUUCACAACGAGCUAAAUUUGGAGGACAUCAUGUGAACUGUUUUUUCUGAUAAGGAAUUGCGAUCUGUUAGUCAUCCACAAACAUGUGCAAUAUCUGACCUAAGCACUUCAUGAAAACACAUGGCGCUGACAUUGGCCUUCAUUAUUUUCGUCCAAGAAACUUGCAAGUCGCAUCCAAUGAAUUCAUCCUCUCUCUCAACCCACCUGCAAAGGCAUGAGUGACUUUGGGUGACAAAAAGAAAAAAAAGGAAAAAAAAGAAAAGAAAAAGAG